AUGGGAAGCACAGAUGAAGAGGGCGCGAAGGGCGGCUUGCCCUUGGUUCUGGAUGUCGAUGUGUUGGUGGUGGGUGCUGGACCAUCCGGUGCCUCACUCAGCUGCUUCUUGGCAUCUUAUGGCGUCAAUGCAUUGAUGAUAUCCGAUGUUUCUGCCCCAAUGACACAUCCACGUGCUAAUUACUUCAAUAUGGCAGGUCUAGAGUGCUUGCGAGAGAUUGGUCUCGAAGAAAAAGCGCUUGAGAUCGGCUUCCCGGUAUCUGAAUACUCACCAUAUACACGAUUUUGUAACACUCUGGCUGGCGAGGAGAUCUACCGCGCGUAUGCUCAUGGAAGCGAUCCUCACAGACAUGGAGAGUACCAUGAUGCGAGUCCAUCUGGAAUUCUAUGUUUGUGCCAGACCAAGCUCGAACACCUGCUCUUAGGCUAUGCGGCAGACCAUGGAGUUCCGACCCGAUGGAACACACGGCUCCUCACCUUCGCCGAAGAUCGGAAAAGUGAUACCGUCCUCGCCGUCUUGGAGAACACGUUGACCCAGCAGAGAUCCAUGGUCCGCUGCAAGUACCUUGCAGCCGCCGAUGGAGCGAACAGUAGCAUUCUACCCAUGCUUGAUAUUCCAGUGGUAGUAGAAGCGAGUAGUGGAUCAGUAACCAGUGUGCAUGUCGAAGCAGACCUAGGGCAUCUGGCAUCGCCUACACCAGCCCUACUCAACUAUCUGGGCUGUCUGGAUGCACCACAGCCUCUGUACGGACCUAUAGGCAUCGCACAUUUCAUCGAACCAUGGAAGACCUGGUCUCUGUCUCUCUUUCCCCAUCCGAGCUGUACGCAAGAACCCACCGAUGAAAUGGUCAUGACUCGCAUCAAGGAACUCAUCGGAGACGACAGCGUCCAUUACGAGGUCAAGGGCAUCAAGACAUGGGCUCUGAAGAACAUCUACGCGGAGAAGUACUCGCAAGGGAAAGUCUACUGUGUCGGAAACGCCGUGCACCAGCAUCCGCCUUUUGGAGGUUUGGGCACAAGUACCUGUCUUGAGGAUGCAUUCAACCUUGCCUGGAAAUUCGCACAUGUCUUGCAGGGUAAAGCAGGCAAGUCUCUGUUGGAUUCCUACAGUAAUGAGCGGCAGCCGGCUGGCAAGUACGUGGUUGGCCGGACCGCUCUGAAUGGUAUACUCAAUUUCAAGGUCUUUGGCAUGAUGGGAUACCUCGAUGGAGAGACGACCAUGGACAGACGAGCGAGAAUGUCAGAUUUGCUGAAAGAAGACUCACCCGAAGGCGAGAGUCUACGAUGCGAAUUCCGCAAAGCAGUGCAAGACCUCGGCGAUGAACGACACAAUGUUGGAGCCGUCAUGAACCAAUGGUACAAGUCCGAUGCAGUAUAUUCACAGGAUGAGCUGGAGGAACCACCAUGGCCAAAGACGGAAUCAGAACGCAGCUGUAAAGUGUACACCAGCACAUAUCCAGGUUGGCGGGUUCCACAUGCUUGGCUGAGCGUGUCACAAAAGGAGCGAGGUGGUCGCAAACCUCUGGUCUCAACACGGGAUCUCGUUGGACACGGCAAGUUCGUCAUCCUCACAGGUAUUGGCGGAAAGAAUUUGUGGGCACCCGAAGCGAAGAAAGCUGGUCUGGCACUUGGAGUAGACAUUGAAGUACUUGGUAUUGGUUGGGGACAAGAUUAUGAGGAUACUUUCUUCCGAUGGAGUGAGGUACGACAGGUCAGUGAGCGCGGAGCUGUGUUGGUCCGGCCAGAUCGCACGGUUGCAUGGCGAGCCCAAGGAUCGCCUGCAGAUGCACCCUCAACGCUCGAAGAUGUACUCAGGAGCGUGCUUUGCUUAUGA